AUGCCCACGCGUCUUCAGCACAGCGCAAUGUUCAGGGCAGGCACUAUACUAUAUUCUCGGCCAAACAGAUACAGCAGCCUGUCUACCGUGCUGCCAAUCAAACGAAACCAUACAAUAAGCACAAAAAUUGGUCAAAAGUCUUCCUGGACCCAUCCCAUAUACACAAAAGAACAGAUCCUCGCUGUCCAAAUCGCCCACCGCAAAGCAUACACCUGGCAAGAUAGAGCAGCUCUCGGAACCGUGCGCCUAUUGCGCUGGGGUAUGGAUUUUGUCUCCGGGUAUCACACUGGAUCAACAACAAACACAAACACACUCUCCAACCACCUCAUGACCGAGGAGAAAUGGAUCGCGAGAUUUGUCUUCCUAGAAAGUGUAGCCGGCGUCCCAGGGAUGGUGGCAGGGAUGCUUCGCCAUCUCAAAAGCAUUCGCCGAAUGAGGAGAGACAACGGGUGGAUAGAAACUCUUCUCGAAGAAGCCUACAACGAACGAAUGCACCUCCUAACCUUCCUCAAGCUCGCCGAGCCAGGCCCAACAAUGCGGUUGAUGGUCCUGGGCGCACAGUGUGUAUUCUUCAGCGGAUUUUCCCUCGCAUAUCUCAUCUCGCCUCAGAUCUGCCAUCGCUUUGUAGGGUAUCUAGAAGAAGAAGCUGUGAUCACAUACUCGAAGGCAAUCUGUGACCUCGAGAAUGGUCAUCUGCCUGGAUGGGAGAGCUUGCAGGCUCCAGAUAUGGCAAUCAAGUACUGGCAGAUGCCAAAGGGCCAGCGCUGUAUGCAUUCACUAUUGCUGUAUGUGCGCGCUGAUGAGGCGAAGCAUCGUGAUGUUAAUCAUGCUUUAGGAAAUUUGGAUCAGAAUACGGAUCCGAAUCCUUUUGCGGCGGGGGUUAGGGUUCAGGUUCAAUCUGUUGCUCGUUCGGCUGGUGUUGCGCCAACUGUAGAAAAAUAG